AAAGUUUGAUUACUAACAAACGUUUGUAAAGCUUACGAUGCUAUUGAGUGCUGUUUUUCGAUGGAGGAGUGGAUGAUUUGAAAAGCCCUUUUUUGGUGUUGCUGUAAUCUAAUAAUUAUUUAAUUCCUCAAAUGGAAACGCCAAAGCCUAUUACUGGUCCCUACCGUGCCACACGACUCUGGAAUGAAGCGUUACGGAUUUUUAACAAUGGUGUACCACAGAAGAGGCACUGGAGACAGCUCAAGCAGUAUGAUAACUGUUUUACUGCCACAGAAGCUACAAAUUGGUUACAUUCUCAACUGAAAGAAAAUUCUCAUUUUGGACCCAGUGUUUCCAAAGAACAAACCCAGCAGCUUCUGUCCAAAUUUUUAAAAGCAGGUGUUUUUGAAGAUGUCCGUGGUGUUGGUUCCAAAGCUGAUCUGCGCAUGGAAACAAAUGGAUUAUAUAGAUUGACAAAUCGAUCACCAUUUCGUAAUCCUAGAACUCCUGGACGUAGAACACCAUUGGCUACACUAGCUAACCGUAAUAAUUGUACUGAAUACCACUCUUCACCAAAAUUAGCCCAAGCUAAGAAAGAUGUACCAAUGACCAACUGUGCACCACCAACCACUAAACCUCAAACUUCAACUUAUGCAAAAACUUUGGUACAAUGCCAACUAACAGCCAAACAACUUAAUCAUCAUGAAGUUGAGGAGUUAUGGAAAAACACAGCUUUAAGACAGGUUGCAAAGAUCCUUAAUCUUACAAACCUAAAUGGAUUUCUUGACCCAAACGAGAUCAAAGGAAAAUGGGUUUUAUGGAAUGUAUCCCAUGUUGGACUAAGGGGUGUUGUUCAACCAAUGGAGGAUUCAGACUCUCCUCCUUCAUGGGUGUUGUAUGGCAUGAAGUCCUUAGUAAAUUGGCCUUCAAAUGAGAAUCAUAAGCUGCCUGAAUAUCAAGGUUCAGAAAAGGAUGUUUUCAAAGUCAUUUGCGACUACUUCACAAAUGCGUCUACUCCGCUUUCAACAUUCUACCUGUAUAAUAUCUUGGUCGAGGCUUUUAUUCGCUCCGAAGCGGCAGAUCUUACCUUUCGAAAACCAAAUGAGCCAUCAGAUGACAGGGAAGACGACGCUUUUAGCCUUCAUUCGCGUGAUUCUGCCCGAGGAUUAGUCCUAGAAAUGGCGUCACCGAUUCAUCGCAAAACUUCAACGCCUAUUGGCACUUUUUUGCCAGAGCAUCAAGACCGGCCGUUGCAUCACCAAACAUUGCCUGUCGCGAAGAGCCCGUUAGCUUGUAACCGCAAUCGAAGUCAAAGGAUGGCUAACGAUACCCAACGCAACUACCAAAUGCCAAGCGUUCGAAAAUGCAUGGAUGAUUUCAUAGCGAUGAAUCGCGAAACCGGUGGAGGAAGGAAUAUGUUUGUUAGGCAUGUUACUUCUGUUAGCCGGCGACUUCAUCGGGUUCCUUCUAACGCAUGUUACGAAACAGCAUUCACGACCGCCGAACCUAUGACUAGGAUCGUUACGUCUGCAGGUCGCACAUCUAUUUCUCGUGUAAACGAAUCGCCUGAUCAAAUUUGCAAUGGAGACCGGGGUGGAACUUUAAAUUCAUAUGAAUAUCGCCGCCAGCAUCACAGCGAAAAUCCGAGCAUGUAUCAUAGCCUUGAUCGUCUUCGCAGUAAAUCUGGUGGCUAUGUCAAUGUGGCUGCAUUCGGCUCACUCGACCGUCUGGAUCGGUCAAACUCCGACAGAUUUUCUGGAAUUGAAAACGAUUCAUGGAUGGCAUGUAAUGCAACUGUCAUGCACAGUCGAAGCGUCUCCAGUCUUAGCUGUCACCAAACAAUGGCAACGGGGUUGAGUCCAUCCUUCUCCGAUACGUCUAUCGGAACGACGACCACGCAUCACAACUACGAGAACCUCUAUCACGUUUCAGAAGAACAAGACAAAUCGCAUGGAUUAUCUGGACAACUUCGCAUUUACCGUAAUUCGCCAAGCAAACGACUCAUUGGUCGCCGGAAAGGUCUUGAAUUCUACUAUGGUGCAAAAGCUUGCAAACCCGGACUGGUGACGGCUGGUGGGAAAGCUAUGGCGAUUGAGCUGCUUCAGUUACUUACGUUACUGUUGCCGCCAGAUCGGCGGCGAAAACUUCACCUGCUUCUUCGUUUUAUGGCGAAAGUAUCGGCAAAUCAAAAACUAGUACUUGACCCAGAAAUCCAAAUGAAAACUUUGAUGGUGAACACGUUUUAUCGCUGUAUUAUCUGCUCGAGUGAAGAAGCUGAUUACGAUGAACUUUUAGCCGUGCGACUUGUAAGUUUCUUAAUGGAAAAUUCUGAAGCCAUAAUGACGGUGCCAUAUAAGCUAUGUUCCCAAGUCCGUGACCUAUUGGGCGACAUUCAACGCGAGAAAAUCCGUUUUCAACUUGACGAUGUCGUACCCCUGACGUACUGUGUUCAGGUUUCGCCGCAACGUUUCGAGGAACAACGGAGAGACGAAUCGAAAAAAGAAAUUUAUCAACUUUUGGAGCACAUUGUAAAUAAUCAAAAUAUGCCGCUUAAGGAAAAACGCAAGAGACUGAAGCAGUUUCAAGUUGCGUAUCCGGAGAUUUACGCAAGCAAGUUCCCUACGGAAGCGGAUGUGCUCAAGCUAGAACGACCUCAAUCGAAUGGAAAGCGGCCAAGCAACCCAUCUAGAGUGCUGUCCCGCAUCCGUAAUCUACGUCUUAAUUGAUUCUAAAAAUAUUAUGACAAUACUCAAUAGGAACUCUUAGUUUUUUUAACUAACUUCUUAUGCUGUAUAACGUGUAUUUCGGUGUCAGAAACUGAACAGCGGGCUGUUGCACCAGCUGUUUAAACCAAUCAGCGAUUUACUUGAAGUCUUUUACUACUCUGAAAUUAAAAAAAAAUGUGCCAUAUUAAGGGUGGGGCAUUACUCGAAAACGUAAAGGAAAUAACAUUUCUAGUUUUGACGGAAUACUGAAAUAAAUU